UUUCCUGCUGAGAAGAUGAAUAGUUUUCACCGACACGUUUCUCGCGCUGUGUGAUAGCCGGAGCGCCGUUUCAACUGCGCGCAAACGCACCCGUGACGCACGCUGGCACCGUCGCGCCUGGGAGGGGGACGCGAACAUGGUCACAUGGAGCUCCAAAUAAUCGGAUAUUUCUCGUGCAUCGCUCUCUUUUCGAGCCCCUUGUUCAAGAAGCGUUUUAUUUAUGGGACCAUAAAGUAUGGCUGCCAAAGAAGAUCUUUAUUCCAAAAUCAUUCCACGUCGGUUCCGACAGAACAGAUCCAUCGUUGUCAAACACGGAUCAAAUUUGGAGGUGCUGUUAUCGAUGGGGUUUCCUAAAAACAGAGCGUUCAAGGCCCUGGUUUCUACUGGAGGCAGGAGCGUACAGCUCGCGUGUGACUGGCUCUUCUCCCAUGUGGAUGACCCCUUUCUGGAUGACCCGUUACCCCGAGAAUACGUGCUGUACCUGCGGCCCAGCGGACCUCUUCAGAACCAGCUCUCUCACUUCUGGCAGCAGUCCCGCCUGAUCUGUGGCAAAAACAAAGCUCACAACAUUUUCCCCCACAUCACACUCUGCAAGUUCUUCAUGUGUGCAGACAGUAAGGUGGAGGCUCUGUGUGGGGCUCUGCAGUCUACAGUGAGCCAGUGGAGAGGUCGUUUCCCAAGCCUCUUACCCCUUCAGCUUUACACCUCUGCCAACUUCAUCGGCCUCUUCAUCGAGGAGCAGGUGGCGGAAACGCUGAAGAAAUUCGCAGCUGACUUUGCUGUUGAAGCGAGCAGUAAAGCAGAUGUCCACGUGGAGCCCCAUAAGAAGCAGCUGCACGUGACUCUAGCCUACCAGUUUCCCAGCAGCCACUUGGCUUCCUUGGAGAAACUGGCGAAAGGAAUCGAGGCCAAGCUUGGCUGUGACUGGCUUGCUGUUCUGUUCUCAAGGGACAUCAGAUUUGCAAAUCACGAGACUGUUAAGGUAAUGUACCCCUACGUACCUCAAAAUGACGACGAGCUGGACCUUGUGCCGGGGGACUUUGUCUUCACGUCUCCCCUGGAGCAGCUGAGCACCAGUGAGGGCUGGGUGUUUGGCACAUCUAUGGGCACAGGGCUUUCUGGGAUGCUGCCUGAAAACUAUGUCAGUCGGGCUGAUGAGUGCGACACCUGGGUCUUCCACGCGUCACACUCAUUCUUCAGUGCCUCACCUUCAGAAAAGAGCAACAAAGAAAACAAAACCCUGGAUGGACUGCUUAACUUCCCGUGCCUGGAUAAUUCCAGAUCUGGGGAGUCGACCAUCAUGAGCGUGGUCUGCCAAUCUAUGCAGGUACUCCGAGUGACCAGAGUGUCUCCUGAAAGGACACUGUUUGUGUGUCGUCAUGGAGAGAGGAUGGAUGUGGUGUUUGGGAAACACUGGCUCUCGCAGUGCUCUGAUGCCAAAGGCAGAUAUGUGCGAAGUAACUUGAACAUGCCCCCUUUCCUGCCUGCCUGGGCCGGAGGACACCGGGAUUAUGACAUGGAUGCUCCCAUCACAGUGGUCGGAGCCACGCAGGCCCGGACUGUGGGCGAGGCAUUACUGGAGAGCAACACUACUGUUGACUUCGUUUACUGUUCCCCGAGCCUUCGCUGUGUUCAGACAGCCCACGAGAUGCUCAGAGGUAUGCAGCAGGACGGGAAGCUGAGGAUACGAGUAGAACCGGGCCUGUUUGAAUGGACUAAAUGGCUCUCUGGGAGUUCUCUACCUGCAUGGAUACCCACCACAGACCUUGCUGCAGCUAAUCUCAGUGUCGACACAACAUACAGACCUCGCAUCCCUGUUAGUAAACUAAACGUGUCUGAGUCCUAUGACACCUAUAUGACCCGGAGCUACAAAGUGACCAAAGACAUCCUGGCAGAGUGCAAAAACAAGGGAAACAACGUUCUGAUUGUCGGUCAUGCUUCCUCUCUAGAGGCCUGCACCAGACAGCUCCAGGGACUUCCCCUGCAUAACUCCAAAGAGUUUGUCCAAGUCGUUAGAAAAAUUCCUUAUCUGGGUCUGUGUGCGUGUGAAGAGCAGGACACGGGUGUGUGGCAGCUGGUGGCCCCUCCUGUCUGCCCCCUGACACACGGACCCAAUCACAGCUUCAGCUGGAGAGAUAGCCUACAGCAGGAAUGACCUGUCCUGUCCUGUCCUGUCUGCCUCCUGACACACGGACCCAAUCACAGCUUCAGCUGGAGAGAGAGCCUACAGCAGGAAUGACCUGUCCUGUCCUGUCCUGUCCUGUCCACCCCCUGCUCCUUCCGAAUGAUUGUUCACGUGAUGGACAUUUUCUGGAACGGACAAAACUGUCCCCUCCACGUUUGAGUUUGUGACCUUGAUCACUGGGACAGGACUUGGGUGUUUUAGGCCACAUUUUAUGUUUACAUGUGGAAAGGGGACAGUGACAGAUGGACAUUAUGAGUGAUGUGGUCAGAUUGAUGUGGUCAGGGUAAUCUCAGGGCAUUGAUUAUCACUCUUAACACAUGAAGCACAGGUCUUAUGACACAAUCACCAUAAUUCAUUUUCAGGCUCUCUGGAUGCAAGCAUGAGUUUGCAACAGCACCGUCAAUUGCAGUAUAAUCAGUGAAAGGCAGUGUAUUGUGCAAGAAUUAUUCCUUGAUCUACACUUUCAGGGUAAUCUCUUUAAUAAACAGCUGUCAAGUUGCACA